GACAGACUUAGACCCAGACUGAGCAGCAACUCUACCAAGACAUCAUGGUCCGCCAGCCCGAGACUCUGAAGCACACAUUUUCAAAUCAAAUCCUUCAGAAUCACUUUAAGAAGACGCCUCCCCCUGCCGGCGCCUGUCGCUUGAUUGAUCUUGAUCCCGAUGUGUUUCUCGAUACAGAGGAGGAACUCAACGUGAUCGGCGCUACACUCUGGGUCAUGGCCGUCAUCUAUGACAAGAUGGACGAGAAAGAUACGCCGAAGAACAGGGAGGAGCUGAGGAAGUGGAUCAUCAUCACUCGAAACGAGGUGUUGCCUCGGAUGUUGGGCAAGGUGGAACCCCCCUUCACCUUUUACAGCAUUGAUCAAAUGCAGCGGGAUAUUGGAGGCAUGAUGGAGGAGCUUCUGCUGAAAACUCUUCCUCCUAUCGACAAAAAAGUGGACCUCAAGAAAUGAUAGCUCUUCUGCUUUCGUUGUUGUUUGUCGACUUCCGCUUUGACUUUUUCUCAUGAACAUAGACUACAUGAUGACACAGACUGGCUCCGAAGGAUCGCCCAAUGGUUGAGGCGUCUUGAUAGGUUGCACAGAGACCAUUCGAGCGUGUAUGGGGACUAAGACGCCAUCUGGAAACUGCACAGAUUCAGUGCCUAUUGGUGGCACAAUGCUCACCAUGGUCCCAGGUGGGAAGUAGGCGCCAUAUUGCAGAACCUAGUCACCAUCAGUCAUGAUCUCGUGGUGAAAAGUCACGGUAUUAUUCGGUAUAGCACAGCCUAGUGGGAACAUGGAUCCGGCAGGAAUGAUGAAGCCCUGAGCCUUCU